AUGCCGGCGUGCUCGCACCAGGCGAGGACGUCGGGCCAGCCGACGAGCCGCUCGACGUCGCGGGCCCGGGUGCGCCCACCCGCGGUGUUGACGAAGUCGAGCGCGGGGUGCCCGCCGACGAACGACGCGUCGCUCCAGGUCGUGACCGCCAUCGGCUCUGCCCUCCGGGUUGACACGGCCGCGCCAGGACCCGAUUCUAACCACAAAUCUCAUGAAAGAGGAGGUGCGCUGGGGGGCGACCGGGAGCGGCGCGCCCCUGGUGCUCGUGCACGGGACCCCGUUCUCCUCGGUGGUGUGGCGGCGCAUCACCCCGCACCUCGCCCGCCACCGGCGGGUGUACUGGUUCGACCUGCUCGGCUACGGCCGCUCCGAGAAGCGCGCGGGACAGGACGUGUCGCUCGGGGUGCAGCACCGGGUCCUCGGGGCCCUGCUCGACCACUGGGCACGCCUCGACGGCUGGUGCCCCGCCGCGCCCGACGUCGUGGCGCACGACUUCGGCGGGACGACGGCCCUGCGCGCCCACCUGCUCGACGGGCGGGACUACGGGUCGCUGACCCUCGUCGACCCGGUCGCGCUGAGCCCGCACGGCUCGGCACUGGUCCAGGCCGCCCGCCGCCACGCCGACGCGUACGCCGAGCUGCCGCCCUACGUCCACGAGGCCGUGGUCCGGACCUACGUCGCGGGCGCCGCGCACGGCACGCUCGCCGAGCCGGUGCUGCGGGCCUACGUCGAGCCGUGGCUGGGCGAGACCGGCCAGCCGGCGUUCUACCGACAGAUCGCGCAGAUGAGCGAUCGCUACACCGACGAGAUCCAGGACCG